AUGCUAGCUGAUCUAGGCUGGACUGGGCCUACGAACUACGAUGAAAAUCUUCAGUUUCGUUUUCUCGCGAUACCCGUAGCCCCAAAGCCACUGCCGUCCUUCCGUGAAUCGGGUCCCAGCUUAAAAAAUCUCACGAUGCUCCACUCUAGGGCUUUAUCUUCCCUCACCCGCGCCCCCGACCUCAACCACACCGAUCCACGGAUAUUCAAGGAUCACCAUCGGAAGGGUGGCCGAGUUGGUUAUGGCGCCAGGUUAAGGUCAGCUUAA